CUCUUUGUAGGGUGAUCCCAAGGUGCCCAACCAACAUAGCAUAGGUAAUAGAAUUCCUAUCUAUGGAUAGGAAUACAGCGUCAUACAAGAUGCAGUUUGGUUUGGCAAGAACCUUUCAAGAUUAACUUGUCCAGGAUCUUCAGUGUCAUGUUUUCCAUGAACAUUGAUGAAGGCACUUCAGACAAUAACAAAAAAAUUCUGACCGUCUUGGUAAGCUACUAUUCUCCAUCUUUGAAUAAGGUGGUUAUCAAUCAUUUUGUCUCACUCAGUUUGAUUGUGGUGAAACUCUCCUUGAUUGAUUCCUUGCUGCAACGACACAACAUUCCAUGGACAAAUGUGAUAUCUAUCUUGAUGGAUUCAUGUAAUGUCAUGAGAGUUUCGAAGAGUGGAUUAGAGACAAGGAUAAGGACAAAACAUGCUCCUUAUCACAUUGAUAUAGAUGGAGAUGUUUGCAUACACAAUGCAUGUAAGAGAUUCUCAAAAGCAUUUGAACAGCAUUUGGAAGAACUGUUCACUUCAAUCUACAAUGACUUUAAAUGGUCUACAGACCUUCACCAGUACUUGGAGAGGCUGUGCAAUAUCCUUGGUGUGAAGUUCACCGUACCCGAGAGAUAUGUUCCAACAAGGUGGCUGAGUGUGUAUGAUGUAGUGGUGGACACGUUGAGAUUGCUUGAUGUGUAUACAAUCUUCUGCUUUCCCUUCCUGUCUUUACCAGAUCGUCAGCACUUUUUCCACUUGUGCAAGGGUAUCUACUUAUCAAAGGAGAUUGGAGACAAAGCAGUUAGGGCUAUCAAAGUAAUUCAGGACAGGUUGAGAGAAAAGAAAAUGACAGAAGAAGGGAAACAGCAGAAAGAAAGGAUCACACAGAAGCUGUUUGUGAAUCACAGUUACACAAGAUUGCUCCUUUAUUUUCACGCUAGUGCCUUGGCUCUACUGAAGAAAUUUGUUCUGGUCUUUCAGAAGAACGAAACUCAAAUCCACAAACUAUAUGAUGAAGUUGUAGGCCUGAGCAAGAGUUUCUUCUCAUGCUUUGUGAAGCCAGAAGUGCUUCUUCAGUGUAAAGUGACUGAUGUAGGUGUAGCAGCUGAGACUUCAAUGCUUGCUCUUGUAGACAUAUUCAUUGAACCAGAAGCAACAGCUAUUCUACACAAAGAAAAGAAGAUUGAAGUAAAGAAAGCUUUUCUUUCUAGAGCAAGAUCUGCUAGCAAAUGUUUGCAGGAAAAGCUCCCUUUGAAGAACAGGUUAUUAAUUCACCUGUCUGCCAUCGAUCCCUUGGUGACAGGACAUACACAUCAGUCUGAGUUUCCUACCAAUCAGUAUGAGUGA